AGAAGUUGGGUGUUACCGAAAAUGUUGUUAAGACAUUUACAAAUAAUUUCAAAUAUUUUUGUAUUUAUAAUUCUGAUUAAAGGUUUUACAAAUGGCAAUCCCUUUGUGGGCCUAUUCGAUCCGAAGUGUGUUGUCAUCCAGGGUGACUGUCCCAAUGAGAAUGUUACAUUUUGGCUUUAUACAAAUCAAACACAAAAUACUCCCCUGAAAUUGGAUCCCUUGAAUCUCUCCCCCGAACUCUUCCAACCCGCCAAACCCCUGUACAUAAUUUUACAUGGUUACACUGGAGAUCGUGAUUUCUCGCCGAAUACGUAUAUACGGCCAGCUCUAUUGGAGACACAAGAUGUCAAUGUAAUUUCCGUGGAUUAUGGUCCAUUGGUUCCAUACCCCUGCUAUUUUGCUGCCGUACAAAAUCUACCAUUGGCCAGUAAAUGUUUGGGCCAUCUCAUCAAUACCAUGGUCGAGCAGAAUAUUGUGGAAAAUGAUGAUAUUCAUGUUAUUGGUUUCAGUUUGGGGGCCCAGGUGGCGGGACAGACGGCCAAUUAUCUCAAGAGACGUUUAAAAAGGAUAACAGGUCUAGACCCCGCCAAACCCAUGUUCGUCACCGUUGGCUCGGAUCGCAAAUUGGAUGCCACAGACGCGGAAUUUGUUGAUGUCAUACACACGGAUGUGCUGGGACGUGGUAUGUUAAGGUCUAUGGGCCAUGUGGAUUUCUAUCCAAACAUUGGUCCCUAUCAACCGGGCUGUCAAACGGACAACAUGGAGGAUCCCGGCAGCUGUAACCAUGAUCGAGCGCCUCAGUAUUAUGCCGAAUCUAUAAGAAAUCCGGAAGGUUUUUGGUCCUACGCCUGUCCCAGUUGGCUGCACAAUGUCUUCGGUCUGUGCAAUCCCUAUUCAAAUGAUGAAAUAAUGGGGCAUCGGGUUAAGAGGAGUGCCUCCGGUUCGUACUUCCUCAAGACCCGUGAUAAGUCCCCCUUUGCCAUGGGCAAACUUCAAUCCCAAAAUAUGAAUGGACGCCGUCAGCCCAUACUCUAUGACUACAAGGAUAUUUACGAUGACGAUUUCGAACCGCAACUGCGAAAAGCCUUUGUUGACUGGACGGAUUAUGAUUUUGUUGAAUUUCGAAAAAUGACACAUUUCGAUGAGCGAUCAAGUUACAAAACCGUGAGAACGGAUUAAAAACAAAACACCAGCAUGCAAUUACGAUGGCAUUUUAGAACUAAAGCACAAAAGGCAAACUUGACCUAUUUAGAUGUAAAAAAAUAUGAUUAUUUAUAUUUAUUGUAGAUUUAAAAAAUAUAUUUAUAUUCGAAGCCAUAAUAAAUAAACGCGAGUUUUAUUUCGAGUUGGUGUCUGGUGAAAAAUGUUUGUCACGAAACGCUUUGUCUUCUUGCUGUUCGAAUGUAAGCUUCUGGGGAAACAUAUCAAAAUUUUGAAAGUAAAAAAAUUAAUAAUUUCUUGAAGUCCUCAUUACGUUUAGAAUAAUUAAUGGUUUUCCGUGUUAUUUUGCCGAAAAUAAAUGUCCAAACAAGGAUGUUGGAUUUUGGCUCUACAAAAGGUAAAACCUAUUUUUUUUUUUUGUUUUAGAAAAAAUUCUAAAGUUUCUCUCUUCACAUUUCCAGCAAUUCCCCAGAUACUCCCUUUUUGUUGGACCCUUUGAACGUUACAGAGGACCUGCUGCAGCCACAAUCUUCUUUGGAAAUUCUAA